AUGGGGAUGUCGCAGCGGCACGGGCAUAUGCAUAGGCAUGGGCAUAGGAAAGGGCCGUGUGGCAUGGAGGGGGGCGCUUGUGGGCCCAGCGGCAGCGGAGGGCCCCCCAUCGACCCCAUCGGCCCCACGGGGAACGCAAACUGCGCUCCAGCCAGUGACGGCAACAUGCACACUAUCAGCUGGCAAAGCGCGACCGCU